AUGGAUAUAAAAGGCCAGAAGAAGGAGUCCUAUGGUGAUAAACUGUUCUGUAUCUUGACUCUAGUGGUAGUUACACAAGCCUACACAGGCCAGGCUCUGUUCAACGGGGACAUGGAGCCCGAGGCCGGCGCCGGCGCCGCGGCCUCUUCGGCUGCGACCCCAGCAAUCCCCGAGGAGGUGUGGAAUAUCAAACAAAUGAUUAAGUUGACACAGGAACAUAUAGAGGCGCUAUUGGACAAAUUUGGUGGGGAGCAUAAUCCACCAUCAAUAUAUCUGGAGGCCUAUGAAGAAUACACCAGCAAGCUAGAUGCCCUCCAACAAAGAGAACAACAGUUAUUGGAAUCCCUGGGGAAUGGAACUGAUUUUUCUGUUUCUAGCUCUGCAUCAACGGACACCGUUACAUCUUCUUCCUCUUCUAGCCUUUCAGUGCUACCUUCAUCUCUUUCAGUUUUUCAAAAUCCCACAGAUGUGUCACGGAGCAACCCUAAGUCACCACAGAAACCUAUUGUUAGAGUCUUCCUGCCCAACAAACAGAGGACAGUGAAACACGGAGAUAAGCACCAUGAGGAAACAAGAGAAAUGUGGACAUCCUCUAAGACAGUGAUUCCCAAAGUGGGCGCUACCGCCCCCUGGUGGGCGCUGCAGCGAUCCAGGGGGGCGGUGAUGGCCACAGGUGCAUUUGUUUUAACUUUUUUUGUAUUACCUUUCUAUUUUACCCUAGUAUACAGUAUGAGCAUGAGGUAUAUGAAGGUUUUUAGGUAUGAUUACCAAGGAAGGCUUGUGUCUACACUUUUCAGAGAGAAGAAACCAAUUGGAUGGGACACUGAUAUUUCCUGGCUUACUGGAGAGGAAUUGCAUGUCGAAGUAUUGGAAAAUGUUCCACUUACAACACACAACUUUGUACGGAAAACUUUUUUCACCUUAGCAUUUUGUGACUUUUGUCGAAAGCUGCUUUUCCAGGGUUUCCGCUGUCAAACAUGUGGUUAUAAAUUUCACCAGCGUUGUAGUACAGAGGUUCCACUGAUGUGUGUUAAUUAUGACCAACUUGAUUUGCUGUUUGUCUCCAAGUUUUUUGAACACCACCCAAUACCACAGGAGGAGGCCUCCUUUGCAGAGACUACCCUUACAUCUGGAUCAUCCCCUUCCACAUACUCCUCUGAUUCUUUUGGGCCCCAAAUGCUCACCAGUCCGUCUCCUUCAAAAUCCAUUCCAAUUCCACAGCCUUUCCGACCAGCAGAUGAAGAUCAUCGAAAUCAGUUUGGACAACGAGAUCGGUCCUCAUCGGCUCCAAAUGUGCAUAUAAACACAAUAGAACCUGUCAAUAUUGAUGACUUGAUUAGAGACCAAGGGUUUCGUAGUGAUGGAGGGUCAACUACAGGUUUAUCUGCCACCCCCCCUGCCUCAUUACCUGGCUCACUCACUAAUGUGAAAGCAUUACAGAAAUCUCCAGGACCUCAGCGGGAAAGAAAAUCAUCUUCAUCCUCAGAAGACAGGAAUCGAAUGAAAACACUUGGUAGACGGGAUUCAAGUGACGAUUGGGAGAUUCCUGAUGGGCAGAUCACAGUAGGACAAAGAAUUGGUUCCGGGUCAUUUGGGACAGUCUACAAGGGGAAGUGGCAUGGUGAUGUGGCAGUGAAAAUGAACACAUUUAGAUAUUACGUCAUGCCCUGGAACUUGAGGAACAUUAACAGACUGCAGAAAACUCGACAUGUAAAUAUUCUACUCUUCAUGGGCUAUUCAACAAAGCCACAACUGGCUAUUGUUACCCAGUGGUGUGAGGGCUCCAGCUUAUAUCACCAUCUCCACAUCAUUGAGACCAAAUUUGAGAUGAUCAAACUUAUAGAUAUUGCACGGCAGACUGCACAGGGCAUGGAUUACUUACACGCCAAGUCAAUCAUCCACAGAGACCUCAAGAGUAAUAAUAUUUUUCUUCAUGAAGACCUCACUGUAAAAAUAGGUGACUUUGGGCUAGCCACAGUGAAAUCUCGAUGGAGUGGGUCCCAUCAGUUUGAACAGUUGUCUGGAUCCAUUCUGUGGAUGGCACCAGAAGUAAUCAGAAUGCAAGACAAAAACCCUUAUAGCUUUCAGUCAGAUGUAUAUGCAUUUGGGAUUGUUCUGUAUGAAUUGAUGACUGGACAGUUACCUUAUUCAAACAUCAACAACAGGGACCAGAUAAUUUUUAUGGUGGGACGAGGAUAUCUAUCUCCAGAUCUCAGUAAGGUACGAAGUAACUGUCCAAAAGCCAUGAAGAGAUUAAUGGCAGAAUGCCUAAAAAAGAAAAGAGAUGAGAGACCACUCUUUCCCCAAAUUCUCGCCUCUAUUGAGCUGUUGGCCCGCUCAUUGCCAAAAAUUCACCGCAGUGCAUCAGAACCCUCCUUGAAUCGGGCUGGCUUCCAAACAGAGGAUUUUAGUCUAUAUGCUUGUGCUUCUCCAAAAACACCCAUCCAGGCAGGGGGAUAUGGAGAAUUUGCAGCCUUCAAGUAGCCACACCAUCAUGGCAGCAUCUACUCUUAUUUCUUAAGUCUUGUGUUCGUACAGUUUGUUAACAUCAAACACAGUUCUGUUCCUCAGAUCCUUUUUUAAAGAAAUGAAAUUUUCAAUUCAUAAGCUGAUGUGGAACAGAAUGGAAAUUCCCAUCCAAGAAAAGAGGGAAGAAUGUUUUAGGAACCAGAAUUCUCUGCUGCCAGUGUUUCUUCUUCAACACAAACACCACGUGCAUACAAGUCUGCCCAGUCCCAGGAAGACGAGAGACCCUGAGUUCUGGCCUUUUGAUGGUCAGGCAUGAUGGAAAGACACUGCUGCUACAGCUUGGGAGAUUGGCUCUGGAGUCUGCCGGUCGACUGUGCCCUUCUAACCACCAGAUCAAUGUGUGGCUGAUCAUCUGAUGGGGCAGUUGCAAUCACCAAGCAUCGUUCUCUUUCCUGUUCUGGGAGUCUGUUGUGGAGCUCUUUCCCCUAGCCACCACUGGUUAAUUUCUGAGGGAUGGAACAAAAAUGCAGCAUGCCCUACCUGUGUGGUGCACGUUCAGUCCUUGACUCAUUUUUAUCAAAAUGAAGCUAUUUUAUUUAAGUGGAGGAUGAGAGGGAGACAGAGCUACGUUUUGGUGCAGAGGAAAAGGGAAUGCUGCAUCUUUUUCCUGACCUCCUGGGUUUCUGGCCUUCUGUUUCCUUGCUCACUGAGGGUGUCUGCCUACCCACGCAGGCUGGAAAGUGCUGGCACACAUUGCCUUCUUUGUUCAUUGGGUCCAGCAAUGAAGAGAGGUGUCUGGGGUUUUUUCCCUCCACAAUAUAGCAAGUUCUCAGGAAAAUCUUCCUCCUAAGCUCUUCCAGUCACCAAGUACUUAUGUGGCUACUUUGCCCAAGGCACAAAAAUGCCAUGGUGGUAUUUAGUUAAAAGCCUACAGAACUGCUUGAUAACAGUUUUGAAUGUGAGACAUUUAUGUAAUUUAAAUGUAAGGUACAAGUUUUAAUUUCUGAGUUUCUUCUAUUAUAUUUUUAUUAAAAUAAUUUUCAGAUUUAAUUGAAUUGGAAUAAAACAACACUUCCCAUUAGAAUUAUAUAUCCUGAAAAAUUGUAUUUUUGUUAUAUAAACAACUUUUAAAGAAAAAUCAUUAUCCUUCCUCUACCUAAACAUGGGGAGUCUUAGCAUAUGACAGAUAUUUAUAAUUUUUAAAUUAAUGGUACUUGCUGGAUCCACACUAACAUCUUUGCUAAUAUCUCAUUGUUUCUUCCAGUUUACUCUUACACUACAUCCUCAUUUUCUCUUACCUAGAAUAUACAACCUAAAAUAAAAAUGGUGGUGUCUCCAUUCAUUCUUCUUUUUCCUUUUUUCCCAAGCCUGGUCUUCAAAAGGUUGGGUAAUUUGGCAGCUGAGUUCCCCAAGCAGAUAAUAGAGCAAUUUUAGGUGUAUUGGGACUGAGAGAGUAUGUGUGAAGCCUAACGUUAAUUGUUUUUACAGAAAGAGCUGCUGUGAUAUUAAGAACCUCAUUCCUUAUCUUUAUAUAAACGGAAAAUAUAACCUAGCCAUAGCUUCCUUUGGCAUUUACUAAAGAGUGGUGUAAGUCACGGUAGUAGCAAAGAAAGUGACUCUGGACAUAUUAAUGGCAAAUACCUCCCUUAUCAUGGAUCUAGAAUCUCUUACUGGAUUUGGGAAUGUAAAUCAAAUCAAAUGUACUUAGCCCAACCAAACUAGGUAGCCAAGGAUCUGAGAGAAAUUGGAUAGGACUAUAAAAUAAAGCAGGGAAUUAGAAAUUGUUAUUUUAAAAUUUCAAAUUGUAACUCACCCUGCUAUCUUUCAGCCUAUUAACACUCACUGCCAUUAGAUUUUUGCUAAAAUACCUGUAUUCACAGGAAAAUUCCACGGACGUGUAAAAGGUUGUCCCAGUAGAAUGGACAGUAUACUGAAGCUAUUAGUGAAUUUGAAAAGCAGUGUGUUCUUAAGUCUUACAUGAGCAGAGCAGUAUCUUAACAAAAUUCAGAAAUUACAAAGAUGUAAAAUGGUUCAUGCUCAUUUGAAGAGCAUCUUGUAUGUAUAAUGCUGCCUCUUUUAAAAGCAUUGUCUAUUUUUUUUUUUUUCUAAAUAUGCUGCCAUGGAUGCUUUUAAACAUGCUUGUGUUCCCUGUACCAAGAUUGCAGAGAGCUGGUCUUAAACUAUAGGCAUGUCUGCUGAGCAGGUAGAGCUGCUAGAGGCUCAGGUGCGGGACUGUCUGGAUGGCUGGAGCAGCACAGGACCUAGUUCUGGAAGAAGCUUGGCAUUGGGGUUUUCCAAACACUGUUCAAGGUGAUACACUUUUUUCUUCUCUUUCUUUUUAGAAAAGGUAGCUAUCUCAUUUGAAAAGGAGAAACAGACUCUAUCUCAAAUCUGUGCCCAGAAGCCAGACUCGUGGUAUUAUUGAGAAAUUUUUAUAGAGCCCUUACAAAAUAAAAUUUGAAAAUUUCCCUUUUCCUUUUUUCCAUCAAGUUGUUUUUUCUCUAGUUUACAAUUGACAUGAAAAAGGGGUUUCCCUCUGAGUUUCACUUUCUUUACUGUCCGAUGGUUAACUACAGAUAGACUUGCUGAGCUCCUAAGAAAUACAAGGAAGAACUCCUUGACGUGCAAAGCACUUUAUGAGUAAUUGAAUGGAUAACAUGUGGCUGCUUCACUGAUUAUUUCCCAAGGCGGUAACUAUCUGUCUUUUCCGUAAAGUGGCUGCAGUGCCUUCCGUGGGGCCUUUUAUUUUGGGUAAGGAGAGGUGAAGCCUGAAAAAUUUGAGAGUAACCAUAAAAGAUUGUUUUAAUCCUGA